AUGCAUCCCACAACAGGUCUGGCAGAUCCAGACAACACACACGUACAAUCCGAACAGGAACCGACUAUGGGUGGACACCAAUCUGAGGAUAACAAGAUUAAUCAGUCUGAACGGAAAGCGUCAAUAGUUAUACAAGAUGAAUGUCUUCAGCAUCGUUUCAUCCGUUCACGAGACUCAUCAAGUAUCGUCGAACGGCCAGAGCGCAUACGGGCUGUCAAAGUUGGUGUAGCCGCAGCCAUAGCCCGUCUUGAGGAAAUACAAGACACACAUGGCGGUAUUAGUCCUACUCCUGCGAAAGUCACCCAGGCUACAUCAGAUCCUGACGAUCUGAUAGCUGCACUUGGUCGUAUGAACCUUGCUGCAGACCCUGCCCAACCUCGUAUACCGUCCCUAUCUAUUCUAAAAAGUCACGCUACAGUAAAUCUGCUAGACGACCCGGCGACAAAAUUUAUUCACGGCGAUGUUGAUGGAGACGUUUAUUUGCAAAACUUGAAGAAUUGGGCUAAGGAAAGCCAAGAUAAUAUCUUAAAGAACGGGUCUGAAAUUCCCUCAAAUUUACCUCAACUUGACUUGUAUUUAUCUCCUGGUUCCAUUGAUGCUAUUCAAGGCGCUGUGGGAGCCGUCUGCGAAGCUGUUGACACCGUUAUAAAUUCCACUCGCCAGCAUAUAGACGUCAAAGAUCACGCCCAUCGCGUUUUCGUGGCCAUCAGGCCUCCAGGACACCACUGUGGUGAAGAUACACCUUGUGGCUUUUGUUUCGUCAACAAUGUUGCUGUCGGUGCUGCACAUGCACAUUUGAAGCAUGGCAUUCGGCGUAUCCUCAUAUUUGACAUAGAUUUACAUCAUGGAAAUGGCACUCAAUCUAUUAUCUGGCAGAUCAAUGAAGAAACAUAUCGACAAACACUAGAGUCUGAAUAUGCUCCAUCAGACACAUCGCCUAAAACUGGUCCUCAGAUUUAUUAUGGUUCAAUCCAUGACAUCUUGUCAUUUCCUUGUGAAGACGGGAAUAUGCAAUGUGUACAAGCCGCAUCGACAUGUCUACAUGGUCCUCAUGGACAACAUAUCGAGAAUAUCCAUAUACAGGCUUAUGAGUCGAAUGAUCAGUUUUGGGAGUUAUAUCGAACCCAAUACACCAAAAUAUUCACUAGGGCUGAAGAAUUCCUUGACAAGACUGGCGGACCCGGUGAUGACGUCCUUGUUCUCCUAAGCUCUGGAUUCGAUGCAUGUGAACAUGAGGGCGGAUCUAUGUCAAGACACAAACGAAAUGUGCCUGCCUCUUUUUACUACCGCUUUACCCGUGACGCGUGUGCUUUCGCCGACCGCUAUGCUCAAGGCAGGAUUGUUAGCGUUCUAGAGGGUGGGUACAGUGACCGUGCCUUGAUAAGUGGUGCGAUGGCCCAUAUGUGUGGAUUGGUCGACAUACAAACUCCAGGAGCUGUAGUUGACGAGGAGUGGUGGAGUGCAGAGAAUUUGGACAAGCUGGAAAAAGCGACGAAGAAACGAAAAGGGGGCCGACAAUCAGCGGCGAAUUCUCCAGAGCCAUGGCUGGAUCGUGCCCUAUCGGUCUUUACAACUCUAGAAGCCGGUGCUUCUCAAAACAUGACGCCGUCGUCUUCCCGAAACACUUUCAUUCCUCCUACAUCUAUGACAUUACGGGACAGAAGAAAACCUUCAUCUAAACUCGCAGAAACUCAGUCUAGCGCUACUUCAAGCUCAGGUUCACCAACGUUGCCCCAAUCUAAGCGCGGAGACAAAGAUGGAAGCGAGAAGACAAAUAAUUUGCAACUGCCACCAUCAACUUCAUCAUCUUCGUCCGACAUCACGGACAGUUCAAGUGACGUAGCCCCUAACUCCACAGGGCUUCCAAUCUCCGCUGUUGAAGAAGUCAUAGUUCCGGCGAAGAAGCUUCCAAGAGUUAUCUUGAAGGUCGGCCCUCCCCCUUCUAUGUCAUAGAUCCGACAUCAAGCAGUCUUUGAACAAUAGCUAUUUAUUUAUGGGGGGAUGCUAUAUAAUAUACCCGAAUGCCUGCUAUACCAAGUACAGUACUGUGUUUCGCUCUAUAUGUGUUCUUGUACCAAGGCUUCAUGU